AUGAUGAAAGUAUUUGUUAAACAUGAUGCCGACAUUAAUGAUCAAGCAUUAGCUAAGUUGUUAAGCUUGCGGAAAGAAAUUUUAAAAAAUAAAUACUUUGCAAAAUUAUUACACAACGAUGAAGUUGAGAACAUUUAUUUGCGAAAAGAAGUAAACAUCAUGGAUCAAGUACCAGCAAACAUCGACAACAAUGUGGUUAAUGAUUUUCUCAUUCAAUUAGAAACUUGUGUGCCACCGAUUAAUGUCGGCAGAUCAAUUGUAAAGAGUAAUUUCGCCUUAAAUAAUUGA